GGAAAUCCUUCACUCUACAAGAAAGUCUGAUCAUCUGAGCACAUCAAGCACCUUUAAAGAAGAAUGGCUUCGAAAUCGGACAACGUGGUCACUGCAAAAACUCUGUGCCUUAAAAAGGUUUCCAAACCAUUGAUGGAGAAGAAAAGAAGGGCACGAAUCAAUAAAUGUUUGAAUCAACUGAAGACUCUCCUGGAAACUGUCUAUUCUAACAGUAUCCGCAAACGAAAAUUGGAAAAGGCUGACAUUUUGGAGCUGACCGUAAAACAUCUGAGACACCUGCAAAACACCGAGAGAGGAACCUCCACAUGUUCUGAUUCUGCGGAAUAUCAGGCUGGCUACAGGAGUUGUCUAGCUGGUGUCAGUCAAUAUCUCCUCAUGUCGGACACAGAUAGUAAUUCCCACUCAAUGUUGACACAUCUCAUGAGCGGAAUAGCAGACUCCAGAGUUCUUCAUUUCAGGACCGCGGAGAGCGACUCGCCACACGCGCAGCGUCUGUCGCUCAAAACAGACCCUUAUGGCUCUAUGUCGAAGAGGAAUGACAUUUCUCAGAAAGAAGGAAUAUUCGUCCAUCAGAUUGAGACCCCGGGAUCUUUGUACACGAAAAACAGACAUAUUAGCCUUAAAAAUGCAAAUGUUGAUCAGCGAUUUUUGGCGGCGGUGAAACCGAAUUAUUGGCGGCCAUGGUAA